AUGGAAAGACCGACAGAUGAAUUCACUAAUCACACAAGACCCUUUGAACAUGCAAUAACUGACAAAUCUGAGAUUUACAAGCACAUCAACGCUUGCGAACACUUCACCUACAUCACCAACCUACUGAAACUUGGCAUCGAUGAUUCUGACACAAACGAACUGUUUGACGGAACACUAUUCCUUCUCCACAACUCCAUCAUCCUGGACAAGGCAAAUAAUUGGUCAGUGUUAUUAUUCAAGGAAGCACUGGCCAUUCACAGGCAGAAACCGGAAGUGAACAAUAUCAUCAAAGCGUCCCGAGAACUAUUGGUUUUCUACCAACGUGCAGAUAUUAAAUUACAAACUUUCCGUAUAUAUUUAUUGGCAUUACUAUGUAAGUUUAUCCAUUCCUAA